CCCGACUGUACUUUGCAAUACGAGGUUGUGCGGACCGAAACUCCUUUCGUAGUAAAGGAGCGAUGAGUAGUUAUUUUCACUUCUGAUUGUCGUAUAUUGAGGAAAAUUCGCUAAUUUGCACCGAAAGACAAAGGAAAGGAAGUCAUGAUUCGUGGUUCGUCAACGUUUCCCUUCCGUCCCUGUCAGGCCUCUUGCCGUCGUGUCGUCGUUCCUUUUUCUACGACCAGUUGCAGCGGCGGCACUUCGAAGGCUACUUUCCUCGUCAGCACCGGAGCCUCCUCGUCGAGCAGUAGUUCUACUUGCAGGAGCUCGUCCCCAAGUAGUACUAGAACGCGGAUUCUUGUUUCAUCUUUUCCGGUGAUCGACCGCACCACCUCUUGUUUAUUCCGGCAAGAUAAUUUUCUGCAACCUCAAGCCCGUUUUUUCGGUUCGACGAAACUUGGCGGCAUGAAGCGCGACAAGACGCAGCACUUCGAGCCUAUGGGGGGGUCAGGAUUGAAAUCGGCAAAGUUGAAAUGAUUUGUCAUGCAUAAAAUGCGACACAAAAAGUGACUCUAUUGCAGAGGACACACGGGAGACAGAUUAUAGUCCUGGUAAGGGUCAAAAGUUGGACUGCUGACUAGCAUGACAGAAGGCAGCUCUUUUGCCCUAAACCGCAUGACACACUCGCUUCCAGCUGGACCGGGAAAAUUUGUCAUGCACGGACUACAAACUGUAGGUCUAAUUGGUAUCCGUUUUAUGCAUGACAAACUAUUUCAACUUUGACGAUUUCAAACCUGACACAUCCAUAGAACCUUUGCCCCUGGUCUCCUACGGUGUUCGCUCCUCCAAAGCGUAUCGCGCCAGCAAACAGAGUAUGCAUUUUUGCAAAUUAUAUGGACCUGGGUUUUCUGGAAGAAUGCAAGAUUUGUGUUGCUUGGCUCCCCACAGGAGAGCAGAGAUACCUGUGCCUAUUGCGAUACACCAGGAGCGUCCUUACUUUGUCAUGCAGCGAAAAUUCAAUUUUCUCAUGCAAGUUACGGAUGGCAAUGACAACAUAGUAGCUCCAAAACUUGUCAUGUGUGGCUCCACAUAAGCGGAGGCCGUUCAUCAGCAUCGAUACUUUAGCAUCACAAGUGUCCAAACCCACUGUAGAUACAUUUGCAAUGCAUACAGAGUAUGCGGAAGGCCGCGGUGCAUGCGCGGCGACAGGAGGAAAGGCAGGGGUUCUUAUGAGUCGCUAAAGCAUCGUACGUAUCAAAUGUAAAAAUGUCUGGGUCUGGAAGAUUCUGAGACCUGUCAUGCAUGUUUUGCAUGACCCAGGAUGUCUGUAAUGCACCACGUAGCAUCACAGAUUUUUAGAGGGCUUCCUGAUGCCUAUUCCGCAUGACAAACGCAUGAGACAUACACAAAAAUGGAGCGACCGAAAAGUGGAAAAGAAGACGGGGGGGGGAAAGUAAUAGAAGAAAAAAGAAGAAGACUUGGCUGGGGAAAAAAUGAAAAAAGGAAAGAUGGGUGGGGGCAUGGGUUGAAGGACAAAAAACACAAGAACUGCAAGUGUCUGGGAGUUUGCAUGCCAGGAGAUUUAUUAGAAGAGUGGCAAGGUUGUUAUUUUAAAGACUGCGCUAAGGCUGCACCCCCCUUCCCCAAGGGGCCCCCCGGGGCGGGCGCGGUAGCGGCUCUGCUAACGCGGAGCUCCAAGGCCCGGCUCUAUCUAUGCGCAUAAAAAGGGCGCGCGGAAAUAGGUCGGUAAGGUGCUUGAAAGGAGCAUGCUUUUGGGUUGUCCGUCAUCGUGAUAGGGUCAACGUGUGUGACCAAUAGACCCCCAGUAUAUUCUAGCGCGCAACCGACCACAGAAGCAGUAGCGUUCAACGUUUGUAAGAAUAACCCAACAAGGCAACACUGGAGCUCCACCUUGCUCGCGGGCUUGGCUGGUAAAGCAGGUCAGCCACAUCUAGCGCCCACUGGCCGUAUGCACGCGUAAGACAUCGGAAACGGUUCCGCGGAUGCGGUCGGGUGGUACCUGUAGGACGUGGAACGGGUGUCCACCUAGGGGCAUUGGCAGAGGCUAAAUCUGUUCUAGCGCCACGGUAUUGGCAGAGGCUAAAUCUGUUCUAGCGCCACCCUGACAGGAGUCAAAGGUCAAAGCGAUGCGAUGCGAUACGUGUAGAUCAAACUGGACUCUUCUUACUGGUCAUGCAAUACAGAUUUUUUCCGAAUCCGAAAGGUGCAAUACGAGGUGCGUCGGGGGACGUUGCUACACCAAUUCAAUUCAAUCCGAAGACAGCAUCACAAGUUGUAAUCUUCCAGACUCAGACAUUUUUGCAAUCCAUAGUACGAGUUCGAGUAGCAAACAAUUGCAACAUAAAUUGGCAUGACAAAUGGAACUUGCCAUGCUGAUAUAGAUCGAGAUUGAGAAGGAGAAUUGUCUUGCAUGAUUGCGAUUACUUUGUACGAGUCGGAUGCUUUUGCGCAGGAUAGUUUUUGCUGGACACCAAAAAGUGCCUGCAGAUGGAGCUGAAGCGCAACACCGGGAUAUCCUGGGUAAAAACGUCCCCGUACCAGAGUCAAGAUGGGAAAUCUGCUAGACAAAUCAACCAGCUUUGGUUGCUUCGCAUGACGAAUUUGUCCUUGUAGUGCAAUCCUGUUUAAGUAUUUCAGCAGCAUCACAGAUCUAGCAUAUCGUGCUGCUUCUAGCGUCACAAGUUCCACGACAAGACUAGAAAAUGCUUCUCAUGGGGCUCCGCAUGAGAAACCUUUUUGGCAUGCAGAUUUGCAUGACACCCCUGGCGUGGGGACAUCUUUAAUCAGGAUACGGAAUCGGGUGGACACGGUCGCUGAAGAUUCUGAAACACUUAGAAUGCUAUCUAUUGCAAAUAUGUCUGAGUCUGGAAGGUUGCAAAUUUGUGAUGCUGUCUCUGGAUUGCAAAAAGAUUUGUAUUGCAUGAGUGACCAGCAAGAGGAGUCCAGUUGCUGCUACGCGGGGAGAACAUUUCUCAUGCGGAAUAGGCAUCACGAAGCCCGCUAAGAAUCUGUGAUGCUAGGUUAUGCAUGACAGGCAUCAUGGGUCAUGCAAAAUUGGCAUGACAGACCUGGCAAUCUUCCAGACCACAUCCCGGGAUGUUUGCGAUGCAUAAAUGCCACGUUCGCACGAAGGGUCCGCCAUGCAACCAGCAGUUCCGCGAGAAAUGUGCAAAAAUUGCGUGGAUGCUCAAGUCCACACAAGGCCCUACUCGACCGUGAAUAUGCUGCGAAAUAAAAGCGUGAAAAUAAAUUCGCUGAUUACUUACUUUUCUAUAGACUUGCCGUUGUGUUUGAUCCACCAACUAUCAUGCGUCACAUACCAGAACUUCAACCUGUAGGACUAGGUACAUUACACGACCCCGGCUGUUGAACACGCCAGCCGCUCCGCGCAGUGAGGGUUUUAGGAUUUAUUAAGGGAUUUCGACAGCACUUUUUAGGUAAUUUUUUUCAACGUGUUACCAGAAUCAGACGCAGCUCCGCAUGACAGCAGGUUUUUCCUGCCAUGCGAAUCGAACCUGUGAUGCUGCUCAGUUGUCGAAGGAACGAUAUUUCAAGUACAUGGCGUCACGGUCAGACAAUGGAGAGAGAGGACUCUACCCGGGGUAAUAAGUAGACUGAUCCAGAAGAGCGAUCAUGGCCC